GUUCCCGUCCCAGUUCUGCGCGCGGCGCCGGUCCGGGUCGGUACGCAUGGAACCGGCCGAGGCGGAGUUCCUGGCCGAGAAGGAGCUGGUGACCAUCGUGCCCAGCUUCAGCAUGGACCGCGUGCACCUCAUCGGGGGGGAUCUGGGCCCUUUCAAUCCCGGUUUGCCAGUGGAAGUGCCUGUCUGGUUGGCCAUCAAUCUGAAGCAGAGGCAGAAGUGCCGGCUGAUACCCCCAGAGUGGAUGGAUGUGGAAAAGCUGGAGGAAAUUCGGGACCAGGAGCGCAAAGAGGACACCUUCACUCCGAUGCCCAGCCCCUAUUAUAUGGAACUCACAAAGCUGCUCUUAAACUACGCCUCCGACAACAUCCCCAAAGCAGACGAGAUCCGGACGCUGGUGAAGGACACGUGGGACACACGGAUGGCCAAACUGAGGCUGUCUGCAGACAGCUUCGUCCGGCAGCAGGAGGCCCACGCCAAGCUGGAUAAUCUGACGCUGAUGGAGAUCAACACCAUUGGGACUUUCCUUACUCAAGCCUUAGACCACAUGUACAAGCUCCGGACCAACCUGCAACCUUCUGGGAGCACAGAGUCCCAGGAUUUCUGAGCUCUUCUGCCCACCCCAACCCUCCCAGCACACACACAGCCACUGUGCCAGCUUCCACCUCUUCGUGCACAUCUGCCAGAACCCUGGGAGCUUUGUGAGCCGUCAGCCACGUGCAGCCCGUGCCCGGCAGCAGCUGCAGAAGCAGGUUGGGCUUCCCCUGCCUGGGGAGGGAGCAGGGCAGAGCUGGCACAGGGCAUUCCCUGCAUGAGAGCUCCACGAAGCCCUCGCUUCCCCUUCACAGAGCUUCGCCUCUCCCUUUGGUUCAGAGGCUGCUGCCAAAGACGUGCACGGAUACAGGUGGUGGCUUGCCAGCAUCCAGCUAAUGAUGUCGGGCAGAUCUCUCUGCCCUGCAGAGUGUGGAUGUACUUCAUAGAGGGAACUUCUGAGGGCAGCACAGGCCACACACUGGCUUGAAAGCAAUGAAUUUUAAGGCAGAGCUUCGCUGUGGAUUCGCUCGGAGCCUCAAAACAGGGAAAGAUGUGCCUGCAGCGAGAGCGCUGGGAGGCACACAUCCAUCUGCUCCAUGGAGAAGGACAAAAGAAAAUGGCUUUUCCCUCUCUGGUUGGUGCUAUUGAACCUCCCAGCACCUGGGCCACCACCAGGCUGAGCAGGACCCCAAGGGAAGGGGGGCAGGACCCCAAAAGGUGGGGUGGCAAAGCUGGGAGCAGUGCCCUUUUCUUAUUGCUGCUGGGGGAGAAAGAAUCCUGCCAUCGUCAGGAAGAUUCUAUGAUGAUGAUUUUUGUUGUUGUUCUGAUGUUUUCAGAAAUGACAGCCAUGGAGUCAUAAAUACCUACUUGCUACACUCACCAAAUGAUCUCCUCCAUCACAGUUAAUUCAAACAAAGAUGCUGAGAACAAGUUUAGGGUGGGUUUUUUUCUCCAUCUCUU